AUGAAACCGGGACCAUGGAAUGGGAUAAUGUGUAUUAGGCAAGCGAAAAAUUGGUGUGGUCUGCAGACAUUACUUGAAUUAUUGGAACAACGCAUUGCCGACCUUGAGGCUGAGAACGCUAAGAUUAAGGAGGAAUAUGAUGAUCUUGAAUCUGAACGGAUUAUUGAGGAGAAUGCCAGGCGUGAUGCCGAGAAUGCCGAGCACAAGGUCAGAAUCGAGGAAUUGGAGAAAAAUAGUGCAGAUAUUUCAGCCGAGAAUUCUGAGCUUAAAGUUGAAUUAGUCAAAUUAAGACAUGAUUUCGAUUCCUCCAACCUCACUCAGCAACCCCAGCACGUUAAUAACUCACGCUCGGUCGGAAAAGAGAAAACAGCUGUACCACAGCCAGAUGCUUCGCAUUAUAUAUCUGAUCCCGUAAUAGACCAGCCCAUAAAUGGAACAUCUAGAUCAAGUCAAUGGAGAAAGGGUGACGGACACUUUCUUAGAUGA